AAAAAUUGCCCCCAACCAUAGCUUUUAACAUAAAACUAUUAAUUCACUGGCAACUUCUUGACCACCGUUAAUACUAUAAAAUAAUUGGCAGCGCCAGCCAAUGUAUGAAUUCAAGCCAAGAAUCCACCGACUCUGCAGCAAUCUCAAAUAUUUAAUCUGCAUCAUACCCAUUUGGCUAUAACAACCAACCAGGUCUUUUUUUUCUGCAUUUUGUUUCUUUUUCUUCAUUCAUUUGUCCAAUUCAGAUCUGAUUUUUAUCAUAAUUCAAUGCAUCAUGAAACCAUUAUGCGUCCUUGAUUCUUGAUUCUUGGUUAUUCAGUUGUUAUUUAUAUUUCCUGUAUAGUUAAAUUGUAUUUCUUGAACACAUUGAAAUAAAAUGGAAGUUACUGGUGUUGCUUCUCCAAGAAGGGGUUUAGAUCAGUUACAAAAGGAGGGAUCUUUGGAUACCCAGUUCCAGAAUUUCGAGCUGGAAUUGAGUGAUCAUGAUCAUAGGCAUAGUAAUCAUCAAUUUCAGUCAAUGAGUGCAUUGGAGAUCUUGAGACAAACAGUGAGGAUUCUCCGGUGUAACGCUGCGUCGUUUUUGCUAGUUGCAGCAUUGCUUAUUUGUCCAGUAUCUGCUAUUGUUUUAUCAAAUGUGUUUGUUGAUCAAUCUGUUGUUAAAAGACUUACUAUUAAGCUUUUGUUAGUUGCAAAGUCUAGUGGUCUCCCAUUGAGGCCUUUUGUCAAACAGUCUUGUCACCAUUUCUCCGAGAUGGUUAUUGCUUCUGCAAUGUACUUCCCUUUGUUUAUCACAUUGUCUUUGUUGUCGAAAGUUGCCGUAGUUUACUCCGUAGAUUGCACUUAUAGUAGCAAGAAUGUAGAGGUUUCGAAGUUUUUUGUGACAAUGAGUAAGAUUUGGAGAAGGGCGGUUUCGACGUACUGGUGGGCAUGUAUGAUGAUUGUUGGCUGCAUUACGCUAUUCUGCGUUCUUCUUUUGGGUGUUUGUAGUUUGUUUUCGAUAAUUGGGUUCAAACCUGAGUUAAAUUUGUACGCUGGAAUAGUAGUAGGGUUAGUGUUCUCAGUAGUGUUUGCGAAUGCAAUCGUCAUUUGCAACAUUGCUAUUGUGAUCACGGUGUUGGAGGAUGUUUCAGGGCCGCAGGCUUUGCUUCGGUCUAGUAUUUUGAUCAGGGGACAGACACAGGUUGGUCUUGUAAUGUAUCUUGGAUCAACAAUUGGAUUGGCUUUUGUGGAAGGGUUGUUUGAGCAUAGGGUGAAAACAUUAAGCUACGGAGAUGGAUCUUCACGGAUUUGGGAAGGUCCUCUUUUGGUGAUUAUGUACUCAUUUGUGGUGCUGAUUGAUCUGAUGAUGAGUGCAGUUUUCUACUUCAGUUGUAGAUCUUAUAGGAUGGAAGCCUCUGAUGCUGAAUCAAGUUCAAUUUUAGAAACAAUCACUAUUUCUGAUGAAUCAGUGGGUAUUCAAUGACAUGAUCCUGUGAAAUGAUAUAAUUCCGAAAGCUUUCUUCUGUAUCAUUUGCGGUGGUAGCUUCAUCUCCUGACCGCUAACGAGCCAAGGACUGAGACUCCGCAGCCAUUCAAAGGUUUCUGCUGGUUGAUAACAUGAGGAUAAAGCCUGGUCUUCAGUAGAAAUGCCACUCAAAUGCAAAAGUAUUGCAUUCACAUUCUUAGCGACCAGAAAUGCAGGAAAAGAAACAAAAAGGAUAUGGGUAUAUCAAGUAGAGUUCAAACUCGUAUAAAAAGUUGUAAUGCUUGAAGGUAAAAAAAUCAAAGAAUUUUUUUGUUUUUCACACUUUUUCACUUUGCAUAGUGUCUAGGCUUUUACAAGUUCUGGAGAA